CGAGGUGAAAAUUGUUUAUAAAGGAAUAAGCAUUGUCAGAUGCACUGGACAACUCCAAAGAUGUUAGGUCCAAUUCUUUUUAUAACGAUUUCGUUGUGUUUAGGGGUAAAUGGUUUACUUAUAGCAUGUCCAGGAAAAGGCUGUGAAGACAAAUGCUUGGCUGAUUGUCACCAUGCUGUAUGUAAUGUUACAUAUUUUGCUCAGUUAAGCCCGUGUUCAUACGCUUGUACUGUCAAUGACCAAUACAGAUAUCACACAGAACCAAAUUUUCAAUCAUGUGGAACAGAUAAAGUGUGUUACCAAGGACAGUGCGUAUUAACUGAUAGUACAUACGAAUGCCAGAAUAUAUAUGGAAAGGACUACAUAUCAGUGGAGAAUCCAUGGAAUCCUUGCAAUUAUCUCUGUGUUCCACUGAGUGGUUGUGGUAGAGUUUAUUCAGAAGAUAUACAUAAUGGAUGCAAAUGUGUCGUUGGUAACACACACAUUCUUGGGAGAUGCCGUUCAGGAAUUUGCAUCGGCAACUAUCGCCAUUUUGAUCCAUAUUACUCUAUAGGUAUGAAUUAUUUAUUUUAUUUAUGUAGUUAG